UUGCAAGCUUCAACCACACACGUGCAAUUGAGUUUUUUGGACCUCAUUAUUUCAUUAAUUUAAUCGAAAUAUUGUUCGUACUUAUUACACCAGUCGGUUUUUACGAUCAAAUUGUCCAAGCACAACCAUGAGGAAAAGAAAAAUUCCUGUUCGCAAACACAGAGGAGUGAAAGACCCAGAAAAACAAGCUGAGGCCAGAUUCUCUUUGAUCAAAGACAAAAUUAACAACCCACCGACAGAUGAGGAUAACGUUUUCAUUCCGAGGAAAUUGCGUGAGUUAAAGGAAUCGAUUGAAAGGCUCAAGAAUCCUAAGCCGAAGCAGAUCAAGAAACGAUCAGAUGGUUUGAUAGACACAUCUAUUUUUACCAAGAAAGAGUUUCAUUUGCCUGGCAUGAAGAGGAAAGAAAAGCCGGUGCCAAUUUUCAAGCAAAUGCCAGGAGAGAACCCCAAAGAUUUUCUGAGUAGAAUCAAUCGAAAAUGCCAAGAAGUGAUCCAUGAAACUAAAUUUGAGGAGAAGUUUGAUGUUGAAGUUCAGCGAAACAAAGAGACUGGAAAUAUCGAAGCAGUCAAAGCUCUGAGCCACGAUGAAACUAAUUACCUAAAGAAUAUAACACCAAGCAAGAAGACUAAGAAGGUAGAUGCAAAAAUUGCUGAGAAGAAAAAGAAAAGGCUGCAGAAGUUCAAGGAAAAAAAGCAAGCAAAGAAGCAUAGAGAAGUUGAUGAGUUCACCCGCUAUAAAGACGAAGUACAAUUUGGAGAAAUAGUGCAUGAGCCCCCUAAAUUGUCUGUUUUACCGAGGAGAGCGGAAAUGGUUGAUAUGCCUGGCAAACGAGACCUUCUCUUGAAAGGCAUGCUUCCUAGUGCUGAGGAAAGGACAAAGGUCUCUGUAUUUGAUAUGAAAGUAAAAUCUGACAUUGGAAAAGUUGGGAAGAAGAAGAAAAAUGAAAAAUCCCCUGCUGAACAAAGGAGGUUGGAAAAGCAGCGAUUAGCGGCUGUUCAAGCAUAUAGGGACCUGAAAGCAAGGAACCAGGCCAAGAACAGAGUGGCCUAAAAUUUGCCAAUUGGUUAAGUAAACACCUUAAAUAAAAAGCUCUUUUAUUACAAUUGCAAAUAUAAUGUGUUUUUGCAACCUAAAAAACUUACAAAAUACCUAAGUAACUAAAUGUUUGUAUUGCAUUCUAAAGAUUAACAUGAGUGCUCAAUAAUUUAAACAAGAAGUGAUUUCUUAUGCUAAAAUGUUAAAAAUCUAACAUCAUUAUUGCGCCGUCUAUGUGAUGAUUGCCUAUGCAAGAAUCUAAAUGGCCUUCUGGCAUCUUCUACGCAGCUAGUAAAUUCGAGAGUUGUCUUCUUAUCUAGGAAGUCUAGACUAAGAUGAACUGAGAUAAAAACGUUACUGCGUGAUUUCCUGAUUGGUAAGUCUUUUAAGUUAACAUUAUGAACUUAUUUAUAUCCAAAGAAAUCAUCUAAAUGAGUUAUUUCAAGACUUCUUUUGACAUCUCACUUAAUGAAAUUUAUGGUGAGAUGAAGAUGCGCCAUGCCAUAAUCAAAAUACAACUGAAGGCUUCCAUCUGAAUGCUGCUGCAUCCCUGUAGCAAAAUACCUUGCAAUUGCACACUCAAAAUUAUAUAUCUCGAUACAAAAUCAUUCCAAAAAUAAACUGGUUGGGUGUUUUAGUGUCAGAGCCUUUUAAUAUUUUUAGAAGAGAGUGGAAUUCAUUGACAUCAAACAUCAGGCACUAAAUAAUAAUUUGGUUUUCUUAAAAAAAUUUUCAGUGUACAAGGGUUCAUCUUGGGUAAAAACCAUCUGAGAUAUGAGUUGCCAUCAUAAGAUUUAGAAUUUAGAAAAUUCAUUUCAUUUGAGACGUAGAAUGCGUCACCGAUCUUCCUCUUAUUAAAUGUUAAAGUUUAAGUCAGAUUAACUAAAUCUGUUCUUGGUAUAUGAUGAAUGAGUGACUAACUGCAAGUGCUUUAUUAUUAUUGAAGGAUAGUUCAUCAGCACUAUUACUUGUGAGCUCACGACAAUCACUCAAACGAGUAAACACCUAUUGGCACACAAAUCAAUUAAGAAGUAGUGCAGUAAAUAAUGAGUUGACGUUUGUUACAUGUGUCGCACCAAACAGCGUCAUUCUAUGUGUUUUACAUCACUUUCCUCACUCUCGAUACUCCUUAUUACUGCUGCAGCGAAAAUUGAAAUAUCAAGCUUUAAUUUAAACGAUACAAAACUGCUUGAUAUGAAAGAUAAAAAUUGGCCUGCUAAGGAUACAAAAUUUUGCUUUGAUGACUACAAAAAUCGCAUUAUGUCAAAAUGAUUGGCAGGUCGGUAGCCCAUUGAAUGUGACAAUGUGAGCGUAUGCGUAGCGGUGCCUGAACAGUGUGUAUUCAUGUCAUGUCCCAUCAUCUGCUAUUGUAAAUUUUGCUCCUGGGAUUAUUGAUUGAGUGGCAACUAGUCAGGUAUUUUACCUGACAAUAUUACGAUCAUUUUUUCAUCGAUAUACUUGCCGGUGUCAAUAAUUGGCGAAAAACCCUGACACUGGAGCUCAUUAAAUGAAAUAAACUAAUUGAUUUUGUUUUUCUCUUAAUCAGACCAUGACUGAGAGAGUCUUGUCAGUGUGUCAUUUUUGGCACCCCUUCAGAAGGCACUGCCCGCACAGAUUAUUUUUUAGGUCUAUUUUAUUCUUGAACCUUAUUAUUUAUUUAGCCCCUUAUUUAUUAACUUUUUCAUAAAUACAACAUCGUGUCGUUUAUUCAUCAUCUUCAUAUCAUCAUCUGUUUAAUCCAGGUCAUUGUUAGGAAGGCCGUCAAGACAGGUUAAGGGAAUAUUACUGUCGAGGGGUUUUGGAGAAGCAAGGAAAAGAAGAAAUAAUGGUAGCUUGGUUAAGGAUGAAACAGUUUUAUUAUUAUUAAUUUUUUUGUUAAUUUUUAUUUCAUGUUUAAAUUGAUUUGUAUUUGUAGAGUCGCGCGAGUUUAAGGGCAUAACCCUACCAAUCCAUCACACACAUAAAUUUUGGUGUAUAUAUUAUGAAAGGCAAUUAGUCGUCAAGUAAGUCAACGUUGACUGUUGUCGCACUCUUUUGACCUUCAUGCUUUAUGAUAUGUGUGACGGGUGUGAGCGAGAGACAUGCGGACGCGGAGACAAUAUAUAUAUGCCACGUUUGCUUACCGGCAAUUCGUACUAAAACGUGCAAUUUUCUUUGUUCUCCGCGGGCGGUGAGCGUGAAACGAUGUAAUUUUUGCACGCCACCUAUAAUGCACUAUUAUAUUUUAUUCCCACUACCAUAUUUGGACGCUGAGCGGUGUGGAUAUCUACUCUGCGUACGAGAAAGACUUGGCGCCGAAUAAUUUAUUCUCGUCGCCCAUUAGCGUGGCUCUCUGACACCAUACACAAAUUCCCACGUCAAACACUUAAACUGGAAGAAGCACGUGUGUGUAUUAAACAGGCUUGGGAAAACCGCCGUGGACCGCAGCAACAUAGCAACAAGUUUCAGAACUGGAUUUUGUGCUCGCCGGGAUGCCCCAACGACGCGUUCGAAAUGCAUGCGGUUUUGUCUUUUCUAUUUGUGUAAUAUGCAGUACUUUCCUUGUACUCCUACAGGUUGUUAAAAAGUAAAAAUUGAUUUAUAGCGCGAGCACUAAAUGAGAACGCAUAAAAAACUUGAGGAUUCCACACGGUUUCCUGAUAACGUUUCUGUGAGGAAAAAUUGACAAAAUAUAUUUAGCUUCCUUAAAAAUUUGGUCGCUACGUUUAGGUGCCAUGACAAUGUCCUUAUACGUACACUGUCCUAACAUAUAUAAUGUCCUAAAAAGAUUGAUCAACGUAAAUUUAAAAUAAUAUGUUAAAACCUAAUGAAAAAAUGUCCAAACGCCUAUGCGUUAUGAGACCAGGUUGGCAACACGACGCAUGAAGCUAUAAAAUUGAUCUGUGUGAGGGGGAUGCAGCCAUAAUAUUUAGUUAGUCAGAAGAAUUAGUCUGCGAGUAUUGGUGGUUCAUAGAACGAACAAUUCACUAGAAUCAUAAAAUAAAAUAGAAUGUGACUGUAUGAUUGUAUUUUUUUUGCAAUUGGAUAUUUGCAAUUCGGUACAAUUAUUGUGAUGAGUUAUGUGCAUGCCAAAAGUCAAAAAAAGAUAUUAUUAUUGGCUGACUAUAUAUGGGUGGCACCCAUCUGAGUAUUAAUCGUAUAUUUAUCAUAUGUUGUUUUGGGAGAAAUCAUUAUUUGUGAAUGCAUUUGUAGCAAAAAGCUUAGAAAUAUCUUCAACUUCCUAUGAUGAUUUAAUUUGAGUCCAACAAGGGUUGCUUAUUAGUAGAGCACAUAGCGCCAAAAACAUUUGAACCAGGACAAAAGGAUAAGAAGUGCAACAGCAAAUUUGAAUAAUAGUGUUACAAUCAUAUAUAUUCAAUUCUUCAAAUUCUUGAAUUAACUUGUAGAGCCCCUUACAAUCCCAUGUGUUACAAACUAAGAACUGCAUUGAAAUCUAAGAAAGCAUAAGAAUAGCACGUGUUUUUACCCUCUGAAGAUUCUUGUUAAAUUAAAAAAAAAAACACUCAAUUAUUUUAAUAUUUUCUUCCAAAUAAAACGAUUUAAAAGUAUA